CAGCGAUUCAAUUACAGCUCAGUGUCUAUUUCCGUCUAAAUACACCUAAAAUGAGCGUCAUCCACGUUGUCUUGUUUAAAUACAAAUCUUCCGCCACCGCCGAAGCUAUUCAAAAUGUUUGCUCGGAAAUGCUGGCUCUGAAGAGUGGCUGUUUGCAUCCAACGAUGCAGACGACUUAUAUCAAGUCCUUGACGGGCGGCACAAACAAUUCGCCCGAACCUCAUCAAAAUGGGUUUACGCACGCCUUUGUUGUCGAAUUUGCGUCUGUUGAAGACAGAGACUACUAUGUUGAUCAAGAUCCUAUACACCAGGCGUUUAAGACGAACGCCGGGCCUAUUAUUGAGAAAGUAUGUGUGUUAGAUUAUACAGUCGGCGUAUUCGAGUAGCUGGGCUACGUUUGGCGUUAAUGGUCUAUAUAUCUAUAAAUUACCGGUAUCAUUAGAGAGGUGGUUGCAGACAUGAGAAUCAACAGAUGAUAGCACUCGUCGAAAUUGUUCAACAUUCCUCCAUUGGAAAUGACGACUGCCUCUCCCAGUCUUGCAUUUGCCGCCGAUUUUAAGCAUUAGCCAUCUUCGGUUUAGAUCAUCUAUUAAUACACUUGCAGAUGCUCAGUUAAAACUGCAAUUCCC